AUGUUCUCCGAGUAUGCCUCCAAGUUCCUCUCGCAGUCGCAGUCCGCGUCGCGCGUGUCCCUCGGACAGCCCGAGUCGCCCUUUCUCCAGCCUCGAUCAGACAGACAGCGACCGUCCUCCCGCUCACGGCCCUCGGGCAGCUACUUCCAGCGCCGCAACAUGAACCCAUACAACUCGCAGGCCAUGUCGCGCUACCCCUUCGCGUCCCGGACCUCCAACGCGCCAGCGCCCUUGUUCUACUCCGCGACAGACGACUUCCGAGAAGAGGACGACCAUGCCGAGCACGAUCGCGAGAUGGCAGACCACUACGCCUUGCGCCGCUCACGCGCCCAGUUCGGCGUCAGCAACCUGUCCGAGUCGGCGGAAACAGACGACGACCUGGAGCGGAAAUCAGACCACACAGCAGACGGCGGCAGCAUCGAGGGCGACGCCACCUACGGCCUCGGUCGGGGCAUCAAGAGCUCGUGGAAGGAUGACAACCCGACGCGAGGAAGAUCUACCACCGUAACCAAGCUAGAUCACGAAAAGAGAGAUUCAAGCGUACCCUUGUCUGAGUCGAGUGCAGCACCGAGCAGCCAGAAUAACGCCAAGCUUGUAGAUGUCGAGUUGUCGUCUACAAAUCGUGGAAGCUUGGAGGAUGAUGAAAGCGAGGUGUCAAGACACGUCGAGCCACCGCCAUCGUACCAGCAGCUUCGCAAUCCGCCCAGACGAACGCGCGGGAGGAGCCCGCUUCGAACCCAAUUGCCGAUCCCGCAGGAAACAGACGAAGAUACGCUCCUGCAGCAGCCAGGGCCUGGGUCUGAUUCGGAUCCGCAACUUGUCACUGCCGAAGCCAUAGUACAGCCACGGCAUAACUUUUUCUGGGCAGAGAUGUUUCUCCUCGCAAAAUGCGCGCUCGUCGGCGUUGUCUUUUUGGCUUGGCUGCAAGAUUCACCACCGGACAAGAAGCACCCAUUGGGUGACACGAUAUACACAGUCUUGCACUCGUCGUUCCAUCUGAUCGGCGUUUACUCGUUGGUGUCAGUCUUGGUGGGCCUUCUCUGGCUGUCAUUACUACGUUCAUUUGCACGACCUCUGGUGAUAGUUUUGCUGGUCGCCGUCCCCGUCAUUUCCUUCUCGUUCUUCCUCUACCCGCUCAUAUCGAGUUUUAAGGGCACAUGGCACGGAAAGAGCACGCAAGAUAAAGUAAUGCGGUGGCUUUCUCUAGGUCCAGCCAUCUUCUGUGUAGGAUGGCUUUACACAGUCGUAAAAGGGCGGCAUGCUCUGGACAAGGCUACCAGAAUGCUCGAGUUCUCUGGCGAGAUCCUGCAAGCAAACUUCCACCUCCUCUUCAUCGGCAUCGCCACCCUCGCUGCUGUCGUGGUUUGGUCCUGGAUCUGGGUUUUCAUGUUCACCGGCCUAUUCCUUGGAGGCCAUGCCACCAACGCCGGCUGGGUCAUCGACAUGAGCACAUGGUGGCUCGGCGCAGCCUUCUUCUUCGACUACUUCUGGACGCUCAGCGUCAUCGCCGGCGUCCAGCGCGUCAGCACUGCUGCGACAGUCAGCCACUGGUACUUCCACCGCAACACUAACCCUACGCCGCCACGUGCCAUGGUUCAGGCGUCGUUGUUCCACGCGUUCUAUACCAUGGCCGGCACCAUAUGCUUCUCAACCUUCCUCUCCCUCCUCGUUCGGCUCCCGCUCCUGGCCCUGCCGCGCCGCAUCACGAGGUGGAUCAGUGCAUGCGUCUACCACGUCCUCCCGACCUCCAUCGCCGUCCUGACGAACCCGCUCACCCUCACGUAUGCGUCCAUCCACAGCGUGCCCCUGGCCCAAGCCUCCCGCGGCAUCAGCGAAAUGACCUUCAUUUCCUCGUCUUCGCCGUCGACGACUCUCGGUCCACGCUCCUUCGCGCCUUCCCAGCCGCGCCCCUCUAUCGUCUCGUACCGCCUUAGCAAGACGCUGCUGCACGCUAUCCGCUGGGUCAUCACGCUUGCACUGGGCUUCGGCGGGUGGGUGUCCACCGCCAGGAUGCUGAAGCUCGGGAACGAGACGGUGCCGUACACGGGCAGUCUGUACGCGUAUGUGGUUGGGUUGAUUAGCGCGGCGAUUGGGUGGGGAGCGCUGGGUGCGAUGGAGGGCGUGCUCGGGGGGAUUCUCGAUGCGGUGCUGAUUUGUUGGGGUAGUGAAGUUGGGCGGGAUGGCAGUGGGGAUGCGAGGUUCUGCAUUGAGGCGGGGAGGCUGUUUGGCAACGAGGUUAGUGGGCGAGGGAGGGGGAGGUAUGAAGUUUAG